CUAAGCUGUAAGAGCCGUAGGACCAGCCUGACGUUAGACGUAUUACACGCAACAAAAAAUUAUCCAUACAAACUAUCAUCGUUGUUGCAGACGUUAUGCCAAUACCUGAAACAGCACGAGAACGCGUACUUGGACAGAGACUCGCAGGCCACGGAACCGUCGGAGAUCUUCCACCAAGUGGAGCGUGUCCCGGCGCCGUCGCCGAUGCCACGCGAGAACAACAACAACACCAACAUCAACAAUGGAAUCAACAACAACCACAGCAAUGCCAACAACAACAACAACAACAACGUCGGUGGAAACGGCCACAAGCGGCCGUACCCGUUGGCCGACGGUUACUACGAGACCGGUUACGCGGCCGACAUGGAGUACCAGCAGCCGUCCAUCAAGCGGCCGAACCUCGGUUACGCCAUGCCGUUCAUGUACCAUCACCCGCACCUUCAGCCGCAGGAACCGCCACCGCCGCCGCCACUGCCACCACUGCCGUCGCACCCGUACAACAUACUGCCACUGCUGCAAAUCCGCGAAGUGGAAGACCACAAGGGCCACGUGGAGGACGAAUGGAAGAACAUACAUGUGAUGUUGAACUGUAUACUGAGCAUGGUGGAAAAGACGAAAAAAGCGUUGGGUAUACUCCAGGAGCGUGGCAUGACCGAGACGAGUUUUCCGGACUGGAACCGAAAGAAAACGACCGAAGAAAUUCUGACGCAGACGAUACGGCACACGGAAGAGAAGAUCGAAAACAUCAAAAAGAAAGCUGAGGAUUCGAUGAACGAGAUACGGCACCAGGCCAUGAUAGAGUUGCAAAAGCUCGUGGUGGCCGCCGAAAACAAAAUGAUCGAACUGGUGGCCGCGGAAAGGACGAAAAUGAGCAGUAACUGCAGGAGCUCGGCGGGAGCGGCCAGUCUACAGAUAUCGCCGUCGUUGAUUUCGCAGUACAACAGCUGUUGGAACUGCGGCCGGAAGGCGAACGAGACGUGCAGCGGGUGCAACACGGCGCAGUAUUGCAGUUCGUUCUGUCAGCACAAGGACUGGGAGACGCACCACCAGACGUGCUGCGUGCACUCGGCCGCGGCGGCCACCGCGGCCACCGUCGACGCUGCCCCGUCACCCGGCAAGAAACAACAGCAGCAGCCGCCGCAGUCGUCAACCGCAGCCGCCGCCACCGCUGCUUCGUCGUCGUCGGGCGUCGCCGCUGCAGCAGACGAUCUGUCUGCAAACCGAGCGCAAUCGGCGGUGGCCGCCGCCGCCACGCCGUCGUUAUCGUCAUCGUCGCUUAAGGCAGACGAACAUGCGUCGCUGCAGCAGUCGCCGGUCGCCACUACGGUUGCAGUGGCUGCGGCUGCGGCGGCGACGACCACGACCACGGCCACGACGACCACGACCACUUCGACUGCCACGACGACCUCCACCUCGGCCGUCGGAUCGAAACAACAUCAACAACAACAAUAGCAACUCGGCGGCGGCGACGUGGACGACGACGGCGACGACGACUGCGACCCAGCCGCCGGACCCGCCUCCUCGCGUCGCCGUCACCGUCGCCGCCACCAUCACCGCCAAAACCUGCAUCGCAGACGAGUCGAAGCGGGUCUUCUGGCCUGCAGCACCACCGGCCUCGUACCGCGCGGGGAGUACUACCUGCAGUAGGGGUAGUAGAACCACGACCGGGGUUUAGAAACCAAUAACUAGGCAACGAACUUCGUGAGCAUCCGACACACGAUCGAACCAAACAAAUUACUUAAAAUGGCCAGAGUAUAAAAAAAAAAACGAUAUUAUGCUCUAUAUAAUAUGCAGCGCAACGUCGAUAACUCGAAGGGAUGAAAGUCGAAUUUUCGUCGACACAUGUCUUGGCCCCUGCAUUUCAAUAUGUACGUACCAUUUUUCGAGUUUUAUUUUUUUUCCCUUACCCAUUCGAGUUAUCGAGGUUUCACUGCGUACAGAAAAGCUCGGCCGAACAAAAGCUUUUUUUGAAGCCAUCUGUAUUGGUGUUUAACGACGUUGUAAUAAUACACCUCGAAUACUUAUUUUUUUUUUUUUAAAUCGAAAGUUUUUAAUGUACUUUAUCGUAUAAAUCAUAACUGUAUAUCAUUUUGUUUGUACUAAAAUUUAGUACAUCGCGUACAAAUACAAAGCGUAGGUAGUAUUACAUAUCUUGUAGGUAGGUAUCGUUUAUUCGUUUAUGGUUCUGUUGGCGUGACAGAGUACACAGGUACCAUAGCAUACAAAUAUUGUACAACGCGUACAACAGUCUAACAAUUCGUUUCGAAAAAUAUAAUAUGACCCUAUAUGUCUGUAUAUGCUCAGAAUUAUUGUAGAGCUUAGAAAUUAAGUGCUUGACACCUGUUAGAUGCAGAACACUUGCUGACUGCUGUACAAAAGCCGCAGGUUGGUAAUAAUUUGUAUUGCUUCUCGAAAUCAGACUUACCAAUAUUCCUUUCAGAAAAAAAACUUUGUGCCCCCAAGUCACCGCGUUAUUAUAUUAUAUUAUAAUAAUAUUGUAAGAUAACAUUUAAGACUUAGGCUCUACAACACAUUCAGUGUCAUUCACAUACACUUGCAGCAGCAUAUUGUGCCUGCACAUAUAUGUACAUACAUAUGGCCAUAUAAUAGGCAUAUUAUAAUAUAUAUGUUAUAGAAUAUUUAUCAUAUAUAUUAAUAUGUAUAUGAUAUAAUGUACACCUAAAUUCACUUUUACUUAAUAAUUAUGUAAGGAUAGUUCCAUUUUAUGUCUCGAAAUUAAGAUAUAGAAAUUUGUGUUAUUUUUAAUAUUAUUACUAUUAUUAUUAUUAUUAUUAUUAUUAUUAUUAUUAUUAUUAUUA